UGUCCAAAACCUUUCAAAUUGCCCAACACUGCCUUAGCAGUGGUGGCCACUUUUAUAAGUCCAGUUAGUUCAAUUUGGUCCAGUUGGCCACUGACUGCCUUACCUUCUAAAUUUCUUUCUAAAUUAUGUGCCGGAAGUUAUUUUGUCGAAUGUUCAACACGUAUCUUACAAGGCGAACUAAGAACGAUCACGGAACUUUCGGAUUCAAAAAUCAAGGAAAGUUCAAAAGAGUUUGAGAAUAGUGAACGUGCUACACCCCGUCCCUUUGUGCUUGGGGAAGAAGAGCGUCCAGAUAUUGAGUAUCAGACCUUUACCAUCCCCGAAAAAGAGAAAAGGAAAACUUACCCAUUUCAGCUUGAAGAAGUAAUGAUGAAGCUUUUGGAGUCUACAUUUUCCUUGACAAAACGUCUCUUAUUGUUUCUUGAUCGUGAUUCAAAGGUUUCCAUUGCUGUUCGACCAAGACGGUUCGGUAAAACAACAAAGUACGCUACGGCCAACGAAAUCAAUGGAUUACUACCGCUUAUAACUAGUCGUUAA